GUAAUAUAAUUCCUCAUGGUGGAAGGGAAGACCCAUCGCCCUCCCCACAGAGCAAUAGCUACAGACUGUAGGCAGUCAGGGAGAAAGCUGAGAGGAAAGAAGAGGAAGGAAAUGGAUUUGACUGUCAUAAAUGUUAUUCUCCUCUUAAUAGCUGGAACUGUCUUCUCCUCUGAAGAUGAAAGUCGUCUCAUUAAAGACCUGUUUUCAAAUUACAACAAAGUUGUUCGUCCAGUUAUUAAAUUUAAAGAUGUCGUUGUGGUAACAGUUGGUCUCCAGUUAAUUCAGCUGAUUGAUGUGGAUGAAGUCAAUCAAAUUGUAACAACCAAUGUUCGCCUCAAACAGCAAUGGGUUGAUGUUAAGCUAAAAUGGGACCCCAAAUUGUAUGGUGGGAUAGAAAAAGUUCGAAUCCUUUCUGGUGAUAUUUGGCGCCCGGAUAUAGUCCUGUACAACAAUGCAGAUGGUGACUUUGCAAUCGUCCAAGAGACUAAAGCACUUCUGGAUUACACAGGAAAAAUUGUGUGGACUCCACCAGCCAUUUUCAAAAGUUACUGUGAAAUGAUUGUCACACAUUUUCCAUUUGACCAGCAGAACUGUAGUAUGAAGCUUGGUACAUGGAGCUAUGAUGGAUCCUUAGUCGUUAUAAAUCCGGAGAGUGACCGUCCUGACAUGAGCAGCUUCAUGGAGAGCGGAGAAUGGCUAAUAAAGGAUUAUCAAUGUUGGAAGCACUGCGUCAUUUAUGACUGCUGCCCUGAUAAACCAUACCUGGACAUCACCUUCCAUUUCCUUAUGCAGCGUCUUCCUCUAUACUUCAUUGUCAACGUCAUCAUCCCCUGUCUUCUCUUCUCCUUUCUGACUGGCCUAGUAUUCUAUCUUCCCACAGAUUCAUGUGAGAAAAUAACUCUGAGCGUUUCUGUCCUGCUGUCCCUGACUGUGUUUCUUCUGGUUAUUGUUGAAUUGAUCCCUUCAACAUCAAGUGCCGUGCCGCUGAUUGGAAAGUACAUGUUAUUUACAAUGAUGUUUGUCAUAGCUUCCAUUGUUAUCACAGUCAUUGUAAUCAACACUCAUUUCCGUUCUCCGAGUACUCACAUCAUGCCUCAGUGGGUGAGAAAGAUUUUUAUUGAGACCAUCCCAAACAUGAUGUUCUUCUCCACAAUGAAACGUCCAUCACAAGAAAAAAAAGGAAAGAAGAUUUUUACAGAAGACAUGGACAUAUCUGAUAUCUCAGGAAAACUGGGACCUGCUGCUGUGACUUAUCAGUCUCCAAUCUUAAAGAACCCUGAUGUCAAGAGUGCUAUAGAAGGAGUCAAGUAUAUUGCAGAGUCCAUGAAUUCAGACCAGGAAUCAAAUAAGGCAUCAGAAGAAUGGAAGUUUUCUGCCAUGGUCUUAGAUCACAUCCUGCUCGCAGUGUUUAUGAUAGUUUGUAUAAUUGGAACCACAGCUGUGUUUGCCGGACGCCUCAUUGAGUUACAUAUGCAGGGCUGAGUUGGAAGGGGCAUUUGCAGCACAGAGCAGUAAUGCUCUGCAUUUAGAUGAAGACCGACUGUUUUCUAAGAUGUUCUUUAGACAAGUGACAGUUUUAUUGUUUAAGCAGUAAAUACAUUAUCCAGUCUCUUGUAAAUAACAUAUAAUCACUGCAUUUGGAGGCCAAUUGUAAUUCAGUAAAUAUUUUGCUUUUGAAACUCAUAAAAAAAUAAAUACUACAGGUAAUAUAA